AUGGCCGGCUUAAAUAGUAUAGUAGUAAAAGCCAUGGAAUGUUAUCGAAGGUCAUGGAAGGUUGAGGAACGAGGUGGAGUUUUAUGGAACGAAGACGACUUUCGGGUUUCGGCGUGCUGUCUCAAAGAGGAAGGUGAGGAUAGGACCGGCGUUAGUCGCGCUUGA